AUGGCUCAGGAUGAGAGAGAGGCAGGGAUGGCCAACUCCACAAGUGAUCCAGAGACAGGCAAAGAGAUGGAAGAUCUGACAAAAGGCCUGGAGGAACUCUGUGAGAGCCCUGAAGAGGAGAAGAGUGAGAAGGCUCUGCUGCAUUCACGCCUAGAGGAACAGUAUCACCUUAUUUGUACACUGAACAAAAAAGCAGACAAUGCACGCAAACGCUGCAGAGGCCUGGAACAGCUCAACACAGAGCUGGAGAAACUGAGGAUGGAGGAUGCUGUCAAAAUGAAAACAACCCACACCCAAGGGAUUUAGCAUUUGGAGGGGCGCUUCAUGGAUCUGGCCACCAACCAUGAAAAAAGGUGAAGGCUCUUGCAGCGGUUAGAGGCCUUACAGGAGAAACGUGCUUAUGAGAGUCGCAGAGCUCAGGAGCGAGAAAAGGCCCUGCUAGAAGCUCAGAGCCAGCAAGUAAGUGCCUAUGCCCGGGAAGUCGAUUCACUAAAAAACCAGCUGCAAUACCUAGAGGCGAAGCAUCAACAAACUGUUGCAGAGGUUGAGCACGCAGAAAGUCAGCAGAGGGCUCAGAGCAGCAAGCAGCAGGCCAAGCUGGAGAGGGCAAAGGAGGAGAAAGAGCAAGUACCAAACCUGGCCAUGGAGAGGGGGAAAGCUCUGCGAGAUAAGCGGCGGAAAAUUCAGCAGCUGGAGACUGCAGAAAAAGCCAGCAGAGCAGGAAAGUGCCUGGUGGAAGAGGCAGCAGCAGUGGACAAUGAUCUGAAGGUCCAAGAGCUCCAACAACAGCUAGAAAGCAGCAAGCAGGCAUAUGAUGAACUCUCACUGUGGUUUGACGCUUACAGAAAGCACAGUUCAGAUUUACUGACUAAAGAAAAAGUGCUGAAUGUCAAACUCCAUCAUUUUAUUGCAUAA